UACACCGCGGGGUUGGGAACUUCACUGAAACAGGGCCGUGUACGUCCAUGUACAUAUCUGUUAAAAUACUGAGAGAAAUAUACUCUGCGUACACCGAGAACCGCAGCGGAACGAUGCAGUCCGCAAAGUGUUUUUACUCACACGGACCGCAAUAGCACGAACACCAAUGUGCAACAUGUAAACAUACGCGGGAAACUUCGGCGUGAACACCACUAUCAGACGACAUAGUUAGAGAAAAACUGUGUCAUAUUGUGAGUCAUGACAGACAUUUUGACACUAGUGUUCAGGACUUUUCUGUCCCACACGGAGGGAAGGAAGGACCUCGCAGUCGCUCCUCCAGCAGCGACAACCUGCGGCACACUGCUGGUCGGAGACCCCGGGAUCAGCCGCUCUGUGCUGCUGCUGGCGGCCGUCACAGCUGCCUCGGAGAUGGGAAUGAAAGUGAUCUUCUUCACUCAAACACAAAUCCAAAGCCUUCCAGUGUGUCUGCAGAAGUGUGUUCCCAGCCUGAGCCCAGAGAGUCUAAAGAAAAUCAAGUUUUCCUAUCCUAGAACAGUGGACGAGCUGCUGCAGCAGGUAGCCAGCCUCCAUGAGUCCACCAACACAUCUCCCACACCGCCCUCGCUGAUCAUAGUUGACAGGCUGGAGGGCUACCUGUGUGGUCCUGAAGGUGGCACCCACAGUGGAGUUCACCCAGGAGAACAGUCCUGUGCCGCACACCUGUCUGCACUGCUGUGUGACAGUGCUGCCUUUCUCACACAGCUUCUGAAACAACGUUCCUCAAGCUCGGCCCCUUGCCGUCUCAUCGCCUCUUUCCAGUCAGAAGUGGACGCUGGGCACUCCAGUGGGGAGGCCUCCGGCACAGAUUCCAUCCUUGAUGUUCUUGAUCGCUAUUUCCAGGUACGCUGCACUCUGGACCGAGACAGGAGCUACGAAGCUGCAGCAGCUGGACUACAGGAGGUGUGGCACAUUUACCUUUCUGGGACAGGCAUUACAGAGGCUUGUAGUACCAAAGACUGUGAGGACAGGCGAGAUGUAGCCCAAGAGUGGCAGCUGUUAAUUUUUCCUGAUGGUUUAAUGGAGUUUAAGUUGGUUUGAAAACGUCUGUAUCAAAGACUUUAGCAGUCGGAACAAGAACAAGCUUUCACCAAAGCUUGUUGCCUUAUCACUGAUGCAGCAUGAUGUCAUCUGCUGCUCACCCUUUCAGAUAUCAGUUAACAGGACAGCAGUGGUUGUAGAUGUACAACAUUUAUUGAGUUGAAAUUUUAAAUGGCAUAAAACUUUGUCAAACACAUGAAUGAAAUCUUACACAAUGAAAAACUGUACAUAGAAAUUGAGGGACUAUUGAGUAGUGGUUACCAACUUUUUUUUGUUCAAGCCCCUUUAAAAAAAAAAAAAGGGAUCUCUCAAUACAUUGUACGUUAAAAUAAACAUAUAUUUUGCACAUAGCACAUUAAUUUCUUUCUUAGCCCCAUUUUGCAACCCUUUCAAUUUUAUCUUGCAUCCCUUGGAUGGGUCCUGUCCCUCAGGUUGGAAACACUGAAGCAAUUAACAUGUGAGAAAUUGGACUCAAGUGGCUGAUAUCACAGUUAAAGUAUUUUACAAAUCAGAAACAAUGUGUCAAAUAUAUAUUUUGAAAAAUAAACAAUAUCAUUGUCGAUUCAAAUAUUGUUUCUAAAAAAUGAAAAAAAAA